AUGGCCUCCUCUUCAUCCCAGUCUUACAGAAAGUUCAAGAAGCUGGAAAUGACCGUCGCUACAGCGCGCGAACUAGGCUUCGAGUACGAUUGGAACAAUGGCCUCCUGAUGUUUGGGGACUAUUGGUGCAUGGAAAUCAAGCGUCUCCGCGAAAUGUUGUCCCCCGAUCAUCCUGGUUAUGACGAUGUCUGGGAUCAGAGAGAAUUUGAAGCCGAUAAGUCGUACCUUCGGGACAAGAAGUGGUUUGUCGCGCAGUCAAAGUAUUACGGCCUUCGACUAGGCGAUGUGAAGAUGAAGACUCUGCGCAGUCUGCGCCAUGAUUUGGCCGAGUUGGUCAGAAUGGGUGCGUGCGACACGCUCAGCAAACCUGUAGCCGCUUUCUACGAGGCUUUCAGAGAGAUGGAGGACAUUCAGAAAAGUCAUGUUGAGAUCUUCGAUGGGCUCACAACCCUGGAGGACCAAAUUGCAUUCGAUGUUGAACUCUUCGCGCGGCGCUAUUUCGCACCAAACGGAACACCCGAUCCAACCAUCACUCCCACGCCAAUGUCACUUCGCAACCUUACUAGCGACACUAGGUCUCUACUGGGCCGCUUCGAUGAGAUCGACGGUCUUGAAUGCAGAGUGAUUGAUGUGAACGAUACCGAGUACUGGGCCAUUCUUGGCUGGGACCAACAAGCUGUCGAGGACGCAGUGCGUUCAGCUAGGGAGUUGUUGAUAGAGAGAUCCGACAAAGCGAUAGCCGACGGCGCUUUCGACCUAGUCGCGAGCGAGAUGGAGAAGCAUCACAGAUAUAUCCUCAGCAACCUCACGCCACCAGAAAUUGACUACCGCGUUGAUGGGAAGGAAUUUUUAGUCAAACCGGAAGGGACUCCGAUGCGGCUCGAGGAUGCCCUUGGCAACUUCCUUGUGCAGGGCGUCAUGGUAGAAAAAGAGUAUGCAUCUGUGAACCCAACGGGUUUGGAACUCAACAUCAGACCGUUUUCGUCUCCAGUUGAGGAUGACGGCCUGUUAGUUGGGGACAUGAGGUUCGGCGAAUUUGAAGGGACCGCGAUCCUCUCUUUUGCCUACGACCGGAUGCCGAUUGUCCAGUCAAGGCAUGUGACUCCGUCAGUGGGGUUCGAAAUCGUAGAUGGCCUUGAUACUAUGUGGCAGAGCUUGUCGCUGUUUAAGAAUUUUUCCAAAGGCGGCACGGACGAGGUCAUUCGGGAGGCUCUCGAGGCCGUGAAAAGACGAAAUCACUUCCGGGAGCCACGGCAGAACUGGCGACUGCCAAAAUCGCGCAAGCCAAACCCAUGGUUUCCGCACAGUGGCGCUCGGCGGCUUUGUUUCUGCGCAAAGGGCUGGAAUGACGCUAAGGACAGUGUCAUGGAGUUCAAGAAGGGAGUGCUCGAUUUCAACCCGUCUUGCACCCGGUUUAAAGGCGUCAUCACAAUGUUUGAAAACAAUGAAUUGUACAAGUUGAAGGGCUUCAAGGUAGAAGACUACUCGCCUACGCAGUGGGAAUCCGAGGAAUACGACGACAUGGGGUCGUGGACGACUGAAGGGUCGUCUAUGUCGGGAGAAUUAUCUACGUCUGAAGAGUCAACCACGUCGGGUAACUCACCUGCGUCGGGAGACUCAUCUCCAUCGGGAAACUCAUCUGCGUCUGGGGAGUCAUCUUCAGACUCUGGGGAGUCGUCUUCAGACGUUGACAUGACCUAA